AUGACCAACAGAAAGCAUCAUAUAGUUUCUUUCCGUGCAAGGAAGAGAAAAUGUCCUUCAGAAAAAUGUCAGGUUCACAUCAAUGUAGAUUUAAAUGCCUUUUGUGUUGACUGCCAUAUUCCUGUGUGCCCUGCUUGCUUUGCCCUAGAACACGCUGGUCAUAAAAAACAUGACAUUGAAACUGUUUAUAAUAAAAUUCUACAGCAAUGUCAAAAGAAACAUACUUAUAUUUUGGAAACGGUUAUUCCUGAUGCCGAAAAACAUCGUAAUUCCAUAAGUAAAAGAGAAGAAAAUGCCAGACAAGAAAUUCUAACGUUGAGGAUAUGCAUGAAAGAAAGGGCCGACGAACUAAAGAAAGUCGCGGACGCAAUACUGCAUGUCAGUAAUAAAGAUUUGGACAAAAGUGAAAUGUAUAUUUUACAUGACCUGGAAAAACAGCAGAAUAAAACCGAUAAUUACAUUAAAGAUCUCGGGAAAAUCAUAACUGACUACGAGAAUAAAAUAUCAUCAAUAAAAAUGACUGACCUUAUUGAACUCCAUAAAAACAUGUCAUUGGCUGAAGUACGGAUGCCUAAACCCACAUCAGAAACACUGCCGACGUUCACUCCAGGUACAUCAAACGAAGAAGAAAUAGCCAAACAGUUCGGUGAAAUCGAAAAGAAAUAUUUUGAGGAAACUUUUAUUAAAACAAUGAAACUUGCCAGUUCUUCGACUAUGACAAUAGAAGUCAUUCUUCCUACAAUAAGUGAGAUUUCUCAUUUAUCUUCCCUGAGUUCUAAUACCUUUUGGGCCAGUGAUUACAGAGGGAAUAUAAUUCAGUGUGACUUGGAGGGAAACAUCUCUAAGAGAAUAAGGAUCAACACACGUGAUGUCCCCGGUUACCAUACCAUUACAAAGGAGGGACAUCUUAUUUACACAGAUACACUAACGAGAGCCGUCUACAGUGAAAAAGUCCCUAACAAACUAAUCAGCACAGGAAGCUGGAUACCAGAAGCUGUCUACUCCUCCCACAUCAAUGGUCAUACAUUGGUGGGAAUGAGGAGAGAAGACAAGAAGAGGAUCACUAGAUACAAUAAAGAAGGGAGGAAGCUCCUCAGCAUUCAGAAUAAUAGUAGAGGACAAAGACUCUAUCAGGGUAUAUAUUAUAUCACGGAAAAUAUAAAUGGUGAUAUUUGUACAUCAGACAACGGAAAGGUUGUGGUUGUGACCAAAUUAGGGGACUACAGAUUCACUUACUAUGGUCAUCGGUCUCAAUCUAGGUUCGAUCCGUACGGAAUCUGCACAGAUGUCCUUGGCCAUAUCUUGGUUUGUAAUGGUUCUGAUUUCUCUAAUGAGAAUCAUUCCAGUGUCCACCUGCUGGACCAGAAUGAUCAAUGUCCAUACAAACCUUAUGCUCUAUGUGUGGAUGAUAAACACGGUCUUUGGGUUGGGUAUUGGAGGAGUGCUACUGUCACUGUUUACAAGUACCUCCGAAGCACAAAUAAAUAG